ACUGAUAGCGAUAUUGCUGUUCCAUAUGGCACGUUCAAAAGAAUCAGCAGUGAAACACCAAAGGAACAGAUCUGGGAUUGGAACGAGGUUUGGAUUUGAUGCGGCAGUCGCUGCGCAUUACGUUAGGGACAGAAGCACGAGAUAA